AUUUAAGACUUGAGGGUCCACCAAAUAGUAGUAAUAAAAUUGAGUAAUGUCUAAAAUACAGUAGUACUUUUCCGUAAAACCCCAGCCACAAUCUAGGGCACAUCAGACGCUGAACUCCCAAAAUACCCACCCACCCACACACACACCAAACCCUAGUCAAGCAGAGCACCAAACUAUCUCAUUCUCUCUCCUCAUUCACUAACCCCAUUUUCACUUUCUGGAUCUAACUUGAUUUACCAGUUGAUGUGAAUGUCACUUUUAUUUUCGAACUUAAAUACUCCAAACCUCUACCAAAAAUGGCUUCAGCUUGUGUAAAUACCAUCCCAACACCAACUUACCCAUCUUACGCCGGCUGGUUAAGCCCUAGAAUCUCCAUCUCUUCUUCAUCUCCUGAUAAUAAAUCUGAUCUUGAAUCACCAUCUUCACUCAAAGACGCCGGAGAUUUCGAGUUUCGCCUUGGCGAUAACGUCACUAUGCUCCCUGCCGACCAGCUCUUUUCCGACGGCAAGCUCGUUCCCUUGCAAUUUUCCACGCCCAAGCCUGCUCCUCCUCCGUUGUCUACUCCGCCCGAAGAGGAGGUCAGAUCGCCGGAGCUGGAGAAAUCUUUCCGGAGAUCAAUCAGUGAAGAUCCUUAUUUGUUUUCACCGAAAGCUCCGAGGUGUUCGAGCAGGUGGAGGGAGUUUCUUGGGCUUAAAAAGCUUCAACAAGUCAACAACACCAACAAAGAAUCUCAGCCUCAGUCCAAAACGACGUCGUCGUCAACGAGCGGUAAAUCUAUAAGACAUUUUCUUAAUCGGAACUCAAAAACGACGUCGUUAUCAACAACAAGCGGCGACACUUGUUUGAGCUUACCAUUACUAAAAGACUCGUCAUCGUCGUCGUCUUCGUCUUCGUCUUCUUCAACGGAUUACGAAUCAAUCUCGUUUUCUUCGUCUCGGCUUUCUCUCUCCUCAAGCUCCUCCGGCCACGACCACGACGAAAUCCCGCGACUCUCUCUCGACGCUGAAAAGCCCAUCGUUCAGCCCGUCAGAUCUCUCUCCACCGGCCCAAAACUCCGUAGUGUUCGGCCCAGAGAGAAUCCACGGCUGGGUCGGACAGUAAGCCGAGGAGUGUCAGUUGAUAGUCCAAGAAUGAAUUCAUCAGGGAGAGUAGUGUUUCAGAGUUUAGAGCGAAGUUCAAGCAGUCCGAGCUAUUUUAAUGGCGGACCAAGGCAUAAUAAUAAGCAUAAUAGAGGAAUAAUGGAGAGGUCGUAUUCCGGUAAUGUUCAUGUUAGGAUAACCCCUGUUCUUAAUGUCCCUGUUGUUUGCUCUCUUCGUGGAUCUUCCAAGUCCGGCGUUUUCGGGUUCGGUCAAUUAUUCUCUUCCUCUUCUACAUCGUCGUCUUUAAAUGGUAGUCAUAGUAAUUCCAGAAGCUUCCAUCAAAAGAAAGAGGCUAACCACAACAACAAUGGCAAUAAUAGCAGUUUCAGAACCAAGAAAGAGAAGGAGAAAGAAAAGGAGAGUUCAUAGAGAAAUGAUUCAAGUAGUCCGUCUAAUUUUCUACUGAUUAGAAACGUGGUCUGUGGCGGACUGCACCCUGGAAAUGGGCGCCAGGGAGGGUGAGAGCGCCUGUCGUGUCCGGACAUUAACCUUUAUUUUUAUUUUUAGUAUUAUGGGGGAGCUGCUGAGCUGGUGAUAAAUGGGAAACAGGAGAUAAAUUUGUUAUCCAUUGAUUUUAACCGUAAUUUACUGUAUUUCUUUUUUAACCUUUCUUUUCAGGUUAAAGGGUAAAAAGAGUUUGUAGAUAUGCAGGGCUUGUUCUUUGUUUUACUCAACCUUUUUUGCAAAGUGGCUCCAUUGUUGUACUUGUUGAGUUGUUGAGUAUCCUUGAUGAUGAUUUUUUUUCUUUUUUAAUUUUUUGUGGGGCUUCCAAUUUGUUUGAUAUGCUAACUCUUUUGGUUAGUUUAAACAAAAGCUAGAGAUUUUUAUGUACUAGUAGUAUGACAUUUAUUUAAAACGAACGUACUCUUGAGUUCUUGA